AUGGCUGCCGCGGAUCGAAACAUCUUGCCUGAUACCGUCCAAGCUAUCAAUUACGACAUUGGGCUCUUCGACCUUGAGCUUGGCGGUGCUUUUAGCUUCCAAGGGAUUGUAAAGAUCCAAGUCAAGAUUAAGUCGGCGACCAAGAGUAUUACUCUGAACGCUCAUCAUUUGACGAUCCAUGAAGGCGAAAUCUCUGGUCAAAAAACUACUGAUGUCUCUUACGACGAGAAGUCACAGCGCGUCACCUUGGUCUUUCCAGAGGAAAUCAGUGCCUCUACUGAUGCUGUGCUCUCUAUCCGAUAUGCUGGUACCAUGAAUAAUAGCAUGGCCGGGUUUUACAGAUCCAAGUAUAGGCCAACAGUUACGCCCGUGGAGUCUGUCCCUAUGGACGGAGAGCACCAUGUCAUGUUUUCUACCCAAUUCGAAUCUAGCGACGCGAGAAGAGCCAUUCCAUGCUUUGACGAGCCAAACCUCAAAGCUACAUUCGAUGUUAGUAUUGAGAUCCCGGAGGACCAAAUAGCACUUAGCAAUAUGCCUGAGAAAGAGGUCAAGCAAGGAAGAGCUGGCCUGAAAACGGUAGUUUUCGAAAGAACCCCAGUGAUGAGUACUUACCUUCUUGCAUGGGCCUUCGGAGAUUUCGAGUACGUGGAAGGCUUCACACAGAGAGAGUACCAAGGCAAGCAGCUACCAUGCAGGGUCUACACCACCAAAGGCUUGAAGGAGCAGGGACGCUUCGCUCUUGAGAAUUGUCAUCAGGUAGUGGACUACUUUUCCGAGAUCUUCAAGAUCGAUUAUCCACUACCAAAGAUGGACCUCCUCGCAGUCCAUGAAUUUUCUCACGGCGCUAUGGAGAACUGGGGCUUGGUCACCUACAGAACGACCGCUGUCCUUUUUGACGAGAAACAAUCAGACGCCAAGUACAAGAACCGUGUGGCAUAUGUAGUAGCGCACGAACUAGCCCAUCAGUGGUUUGGUAAUCUCGUUACCAUGGAUUGGUGGAGUGAGCUGUGGCUCAACGAAGGCUUUGCAACUUGGGUUGGUUGGCUGGCGGUCGACCAUCUAUAUCCCGAUCACGAGGUCUGGAGCCAGUUCGUCACGGAAGCUGUGCAGACUGCUCAGAAUUUGGAUUCUUUGCGAGCCUCUCAUCCAAUUGAAGUUCCUGUUCGAGAUGCUCUUGAGGUGGAGCAAAUAUUCGAUGCAAUCUCGUAUUUGAAAGGGAGUUCGGUGAUUAGGAUGCUGUCUGGUCAUCUAGGCGUAGACACAUUUUUGGGAGGAGUCUCUGCGUACCUCAAGAAGCACGCCUACGGUAACGCAACUACCAACGAUCUUUGGGCAGCGUUGAGCAAAGCAUCUGGAAAAGAUGUCAAUGUUUUCAUGGAUCCAUGGAUCAGAAAGAUCGGAUUUCCGGUCCUUACUGUCGCAGAAGAGCCCGGGCAAAUUGGCGUCCGCCAGUCCCGUUUCCUCCAAACAGGGGACGUAAAAGGCGAAGAGGAUGAGACCCUAUGGUGGGUUCCGCUAGGUUUGAAGACAGAUCCAAAAGCAACGGGAGCCGCCACAAAAGCCUUGACCAUCAAAGAAGACACGCUCCGUGACGUGGAUGAGACGUUUUACAAGCUCAACAGCGAUCAGGUAGGCUUUUACCGCACCAAUUACCCGCCGGCAAGACUGGAAUCGCUUGGUAAAGAGAGACACAAGCUCAGUGUCGAGGACAAGAUCGGCCUGGUUGCAGAUGCCGCAGCAUUGGCUGUUGCUGGUCAAGGUACAACAGCUGGGUUCUUGGUCUUGGUCGAAAAGUUCAGCGAUGAAAAGAACAAAGCCGUCUGGUCCCAGAUUAUUAGCUCGCUCGGCAACAUUCGGUCCAUAUUUGCGGACAACGAAACACUCGCCAACGGACUGAAAGCGUUUACUUUGCGUCUUGUUACACCGGCGACCGAAGAGAUAGGAUGGGACUUUGCUCCAAACGAGAAUUUCUUGACAGGACAGAUGCGCGCUCUGUUGAUAAGUACUGCAGGCAAUGCAGGCCAUGCGAAGACGAUCGCCGAAGCAAAGCGUCGCUUCCAGGCCUACCAGAGGGGUGAUCGCUCAGCUGUCCAUCCCAGUCUCCGCCUAGCUGUCUUCCAGAUCGUAGUCCGCGAAGGAGGGAAAACCGCUUAUGAAGCCGUUCUCAAUGAAUAUACCAGCACCACAUCCAUUGACGGAAAAGAGACUUGUUUGCUAGCGCUAGGCAAAGUACAAACAACCGAUCUCGUCAAAUCCUUCCUCGACUUCCAAUUCUCCGACAAGGUUGCCCUCCAGGAUGUCCAUACUGGCUCGGUCUCGCUAGCUGCGAACUCCAAGGUUCGCAACGCCCUGUGGCAGUAUAUCAAGGAAAACUGGGAUCCAAUAAGCAAGAAACUCUCGGCUUCUUCAGUGGUGAUGGAUCGCUAUCUCAAGACGUGUUUGUCAAAAUUUGCAAGCCACGAGAUGGAAAAAGAGAUAGCGGCGUUUUUCAAAGACAAGGACACAAAGGGUUAUGACAGAGGCUUGGUACAAGUCUCAGACACUGUGCAGGCAAACGCAAACUACAAGGAGCGUGAUGAAGCGUUGGUGCUGGAAUGGCUCAAGACCCAUGACUACGUAUGA